GAAGGAGGAAAAAAAAGGGCGGCACGCACGCGCGGGGGGAGAUAACGGUUUUUGUGAGGAGCAGAUUCAGAGAUAUUUACGCUGCGGCGGGGAGAAGCCGCGGCACUGCGUCCUGCGUGGAUGUCGGCUCUGCCAGCAGACAUGUCGCCUCUGUAGGUGAUUGUAGAAGCCUGCGCAGACACUUGGGCUUGUUUUUGAAUGCUGACCGUCUAAACUGGAUACCGAAGAGGGGCGGGAGCAACAAGUGGAGCUUGGCGUGGAGAGGCCGGGAUUUCUGCCCCAUCACCAGCCAUGGAAGAGCGCAAGGAGCCCGGCAGCGGCCGGGAUUCCACCGAGGACGAGAGCAGCAUGUCGCUGUCGCCGAACCUCCCCUCCCCUGCCGUGAUUCUACCCCACCAGGCGGCCCAGCAGCAGCACAGAACCACGAACUUUUUCAUAGACAACAUCCUCCGGCCGGACUUCGGCUGCAGGAAGGAGCCGGGCUACCGGAGCCAGACGGCGGGCAGAGAGAACGUCAACCCGCUGGGGGCGAGGCCGCACGCCGGCAGCCUCUGCCUGGACUCGAACUGCAGCAGCGACAGCGCCUCGUCGUCGCCCGCCUCGUCGUCGUCCUCGUCGCCGUCGUCCAAGCAGAGCUCGGCGAAGCAGGGCGAGGCGGCGGGCGGCGGGACGGGCAGAUACGCGGACAGCCCGUCUUCUAUUGUGGUUGUGAGCGGCGGCAACGGAGCGUCUCCGCCGAUAACGAAGGAGAGCCAGCCGCUGCUAUGGCCCGCCUGGGUUUACUGCACCCGGUACUCGGACCGGCCGUCAUCUGUUUCCACACCAGGGCCGAGGACACGGAAACUGAAAAAGAAGAAGAACAGCAAGGAGGACAAGCGGCCGCGGACGGCGUUCACGGCCGAGCAGCUGCAGAGACUGAAAACCGAGUUUCAGGCCAACCGGUACAUAACGGAGCAGCGGAGACAGUCUCUGGCGCAGGAACUCAACCUGAACGAGUCCCAAAUUAAAAUCUGGUUCCAGAAUAAGCGGGCCAAGAUCAAAAAGGCCAGCGGCUACAAGAACGGGCUGGCCCUGCAGCUCAUGGCUCAAGGACUUUACAACCAUUCAACCACCACCGUGCAGGAGGAGAAGGACGAGAGCGAGUGAGGAGCGCGCGCGCGCGCGCGCAACGGACGCUAUUUAAAACGAGACAAAAAAGAGACAGAUUUCUGUUUAUGUGAACGGUAUAUGGACAUAAUUAUAUAAAUGAACGAUCGUUAUUAAAGUUUAUAUAGCCACAGUUAUCAUGUGUUUGGUUUCAGGCGCAUCUUCCAUCCGGAGCUUUUGUUAUUAUUUUUUGUUUUUUCUUAAGUAUCCCUCAUGUUUGCGCCAAUUUUUCCCCCCUCAACGAAUCAACCCGUUAAGCCAAAGAUUUUUAAUAUGUUCACAUGUAGUCUGAAAUAAACAAAAAAUAAAAUAAAAAAGGAA